UUCUUCUUCUUCUACCCUUUGGAUCUAUACAUCUCUUCCAAGAUGCAAGUCGGACGCAAAUCGUGUUGGAGGCAACUGCAGGCUUCUCUGUUCAGACUGCUGUGUCUUAUCCCCACAGGGUUCCCCGUGCGGAGCGUGGACAUGCAGCGGGCCACCGACAACAUCACCAUCCGCCAGGGCGACACGGCGAUCAUACGGUGUUACGUGGACGACAAGGUGUCCAAGGUGGCCUGGCUCAAUCGAUCCAACAUCAUCUUCGCCGGCCAGGACAAGUGGUCCCUGGACCCCAGAGUAGACCUGGUCACUAAAGGACAGCUGGAGUACAGCCUGCGCAUACAAAAGGUGGACGUGUAUGACGAGGGGUCGUACACUUGUUCCAUACAGACGAAGCAGCAGCCCAAGACCUCGCAGGUCUACCUCAUUGUUCAAGGUGAGUGGCGCCCAACAAGCACAAGCAACUACCCAGCAGCCAGCUGCAUAGACACAAACCUGGAAAUCAACACAUAUUGCUAA